AUGAUUAAGAACGCAGUAAGAAACACCAAGGGCUUCAAUUUCUAUGAAGUAAAAAUAAAAUUAUUCUUAAAAGAAAUUUAUAUGAAAAGCGAUAAAGAAAUAACAAGUAUAGUAACCCCCUCUUCUUCAUGUAGUUCCCACGAAAAUUUAUUUUUUAAUGAUCUAUUUAUAUAUUUGGAAAAGAAGAAAAAUGAAGAGCAAAAUAAUACUCUGCUUUUCAAUAAGGUCCGAAAUGAUAAAAGGCACAGGAAAAGAGCUUUUCAAAAAAGAGGAUACUGGAAGAAAAUGCAUUACUUCGUUCGAAAGAAUAAUAUGAUGUGUUUUGCCUUCAAGGUACAAAAUAUUGAUUACGAAAAAAUGAAAAGAUUGAAAAGGGGGGAGGUGUAUUCAAGUUAA